GAGCAUUUUGUUUGGGAACUGCAACUUUGACAUGUGUUUCAAUUUUGGGGAUCGAAAACAAGAAUUAAUAAUAAAAUUAAACUAAUUAGUGUUAUUAAUAAAAUGGCUACUUACGAUAAUAAAAUCUGGCUCCUCAAAAACAUACGUGAUGCAUUUAUCGCGACGGACGACACCGGUUUAUGUGAAAUCGUUAUGGCUGGAGAGGAUUUUUCGAAAGUAUUUCAAAAUAAAGCUAUUGAAGAGAAGAAAAGAAUAAGAGAAACUAGGUUGACUCAGCCAGGACCUAGUAAAGGCAAAGAUAUGAUGGGAGAUAUAUCUGAGGAGGAAGUUGGCAGAGAAAUAGUUACACAGUUUGAUCCCUACCCUGAUAUGGAUGAUAGUGAGGAUGACGACCCAUUGUGCGGCAGCUACGUGCGGUACGAGGAGUUCGGAGGCCACAGAGUGAUUUCUAGACAAAGAUCCAACACAGCACAAUGGUUAGACAAGAAAGAGCAAGCAUUGAAAAAGGCAGCUAAAAUUAAAGUUAUAAAAUGGGAGGACUCAUCACCUCUCACGACAGACCAGCUGGCUGAAGUAUUUACUAAGUUUGAAGUUAAGAAGCCUGAGAAGAAGAAGUCUUUGUUGGCAGAACAGCUGCAGAACUGCCCCAACUUGCCUCAUCGUCAGUAUUUGGAGUAUGCCAAGUUCGAUGGCACAGCACAACUAGGUUUGCCUACCAAGUCAUUCAAGAUAUUCAUGACAAUGCUUCCGGAGAAACAUCAGAACUACCCCCUAGUUGUAUGUGUCAUAGCCAGUGCUAAGAUCAAGGAUUUAAUUGGUUUCACAUGCUAUAAAUACAGCAUUGAACAUCCAGACAUAUCACUUGGAUCUGUGCAUGACUAUGGACUGUGCAUAGCAGAGGACGACGGGGAAGUUGACUGGGCCUUUCCUUGCCUCGACGCCAAUGAACCUUGCUCCAAAUUCGGCUUCACAUGUCUUGGUCUUGUAGAACUAAAGAGUAAAAAUGCUAUGACACUACCUCCUUCGUCCAUACCUGAGGAUGGUAUGAGUGGGGCGUUUCAUGUGUUUUCAAAAGUAACAGACUCGGGACAAAGUCAUCAGAAUCCAUCCAGACACAAUACAGGGGGCAGUUCCACAUCAGAGGCUGUGUUGAGUGCAUUAAAAGCUUUAAAUGAAGGUGGCGACACAGACCUAGGUAAGAUGCAGUCACAUAUAAUGGCAACAGAAGCGCCGCAGUACAAAGCUUACAAGGUGCAACUGUUGCGCAAAGUGAGGACUAACACGUCGGUACAGCUGGGCAUCUCGCUCGACAGGAUAGAGGUGGAACCGCUAGUCACGCAUAAACAUGCUUUUUGGUCGAGAUCGAAGUACUUCCUACACAGCAUAGACUCGGUGGCGUGGUGCCAGAUUCUUGAGACGAGAGGCAAUAGAACAACGUUCAGGAUAGUUUACUCGCCGACUCAUAACUCUGCCUUUGCGGACAGAAGUAGCGCAGGUAACUCCACAAUCUUCCAGCCGACUGCGACGUACAAACUUCAUGACUUCGAAUGCGAGCAUGACACCGCUAAAGAGAUAGUAGAAAAGGUGAACACUAUACUAGACUUAAGGAACAGCCCGUGCCGACGCGAUUACAAGACUGCCAAAGAAAAGAAACUACAGACUAGACGAAGUUUUCACACGAAACAUUUGAGUUGAGUCUCGUAGAUACUCAUGUACAGUGUAAUAUACUCCUGCGAUAGUUCCUUUAAAACACUCUUAAGAUUGGAAACGAGUGAAACUGUUUACUUUUUUAUGGUUCGAAGUGUAAACUUAUAGCGAAGGUUUUACAUGUUGGGCGAAAUAUUUCCUAACGGCCCAAUGUGUGAAACAGGUGACAAUCUGUUUAAAAAAGCUGGUAAUGGAAAGCAAAAAGUUUGUCAUAAGCAUAUCUGAACUUUUUGGAAUUAUUCAGGUUUCAUUGACCAGGAAAAUUAUGUUAUUAUAAUCUAGUCCUUUCCUGCCCUGAAUAAUUUCAAAUGGACAUAUUUAUCCUCGAUAUUAUAUAACUGUAUAUUCUCAGUUUAAAUCAGCAUUAUAUGUUAUAAUUGAAGAGAAUUGUAUAAAAUACUGGUGUAAAAGUAUGCUUGGAAAUGGGCUUAGCAAGUGUGCAAGGUGUGUUUGUGGAGAGGCUUCCAGCCAAUAAAUAGGAAUACCAUAAAAUACAUUGGUUCAAAAUAGAUAUCGUUCCACACUGUAGUGUUGACAUUACAUCUUAUAUAGGCCUGUAGCCAUCUUGAGAAAAGGCGCCAAUUAGCAGCGGAUAACUUUUGUAACAUCGCUAAAAACAUGUUAACUGGACACCUAUGCAAUGCAAUAAAUUAUCUUAAAGUCCCUGUGCACAGUGGUUUGGACGCUACAGUGUGGAUCGACAUAAGAUUAAAAUUUUAAUAAUUUUGUAUCUAGAUGUAAGACAUUUGUAACAUCUUAAGAGUGUUGUGUAUUUCAAAGUGUAAAUGAGUACCUAUUGAGUUUUUUUAUUUGAUGUAUUAUAUACGUUUAAGUUGUAAUAACUUAUUUUCGUCCAUAUUUAAGUUGCGUUAGAAUUUAUUAGUGUUCGUCGUACAGAAAUCCUGUUGGAUAAAUGCAAAUAUAAUUCAAUGCAAUAUUAUGUCGGAGAUUUCUCGGAGUUUUAAGCUCCAGUGAUGUCUUUAGUAUUCUAAGUAUUCUUGAACAGCGCCACUAGUUGCGAUAAAUUGAUUAUAAGUUAAAUAAAAUUAUCGAUGAUAUUAAAUAGUCUUGAAAUAAUAAGAUUUAUAUUCGCGUCGUAUUCCAAAGCAAGAAUUCCAGUAAAA